CCUGUUCGCAAUUUAGCAUUGUCGUUUAAGGGGGAGCCUGGCUCGGCGUACAAUCCUCCAGCAUUAUUUAGAGACCGCAACUCCUCUCCCAGAUGGGUUUUUACUAAAGGUAAGCAGAUCAAUGGUCCAUCGUGCCCCAAUAUUCGAAUUGAUCAUCCCAGGUAUCCUCUAUUUCGGAUUGGGCAACUUAUAGGCCCACCAACACUUAAGAAGAUGGCGGAAGUCUAUUGCAUAUGUGUAAUCGCCUACAUGGACGGGAGGAGCGCAUGUCCUGGGAGCGAACUGAGUACGUCUCUGGAAGCACUCGAUAAACGGACCCGGCAGCUUGAAGCCAUAUCACAGGUCACGCCGCCUCCACCAUUUGUUGAAAUAACGUGGGACUCACUUACGUGGCGUGUGUGCCGUCUGUCACGUCUGCUACCGCCUGUUGCGGCGCUCAAGAAGGCGCCACCUUUGGGCAAUGCGGCUUCGCUGUCCUUGUUGAAGUGUGCCAUCGCGGCCAUCGCAGUCGAGAACCAGAUCCCGUGGCUCGAAGAUGAUGAUGUAGAAGAGAAGGAAUUUCUGAAGCUAGCUGCGCAAUGGCUCUACUACUUCGCAGGCCGGCGCCACGUCGAGAUUAGGAAGCCUUCGCUCAAAUUCGAGGAUGUCUGCUCUCUGGCGCUAGAUCUAUCACUCGACGCUGAACCUGGUGUUCGCUGGAACAGGUCGUCAGUUCCUUUACCACCCCGCCCCCUCCUAUACCCACCAGUCAACGCCCAGAGAUCGAGAUGCUGCGGCUGUUGCACCUGCGCUUGUCACAGGCACCUAAGGUCGCGGCGCGAUUCUAGCGUGAGCUCGGGCGAUAGUUCGCGUCGGAGCACGUGUCACGGAAGAUGGCGGGCCCUUGGAUGGUUUAGAAAACUUGCCUUCUGGCGGAGAAAACGAAUUGCGGAUGACUCCUUGUCAUCAUCGGGGACAAUUGUGGACGAUUAAGGGAAUGUAUCCAUCCGCCUGGUAGGAAUUAAUUUACAACGAGGCUUCAUUUAUAUCAAAUAUAUCCCAACCUGGGGUAAAAAUCAAGUGUGUUAUUGGUAACGAUAAACAACAUAUGAUCCAUCUGGACUGGACAUUCAGGCGUUUGUGAGAAUUAUACCACUUGUACCUAGCGGUUGACGGGCCAGCCUCCUCGCCUUUUGAACGAAUCGGCGUAGGCCAUAAUAAGUGCGCAGAUCUAUCUCUAAGACACGGGAAGUCCAAGGCGCUUAUUACGCGAGACGGCGGCGCAGAGAAACACAUCUGGAUUCUUUGCGCGAAGAGUCGUUGAGUAACACAAGGCGUGCCGUAUUCGACGUAGGUAUUCGACUAGUAAGUAUACCUAUGCCGAUGUUUCUGAAGCACGAAGAGGAUUCAGCCAACUGCAGGCUCCCACUCGUAUAUGCACGCCACAAGACAAGCGGGCACAAACUAGCAAUGCAAUACAUACGCCAGGUACCUACAAAAACAUAUAGGUAUACCUAACGUUU